UCCACCCCCCUUCCCCCCGCACCAGCUGUUCGGUUCUCCUACCUACGCCACGCAGAACCCGACAGUUUGGUUCGCCCAUCCUCGUCAUUGGAACGUAGGCUCACUGUAUUCUGAAUUAGAUGGAUGCCGACGACGAUCUUGAAGUGCGAGAUGAGGAGGCAAACGACGAGGCCAUGGACUCUGAUCUCGACUCUGCGAUCGAGGAUAUGGAGCCGUCCGCGCAGGCUGAUCUUCUCUCGAUAACGUCAAGCAUUUUUGACUAUCAGUUCGAAAAUGAAUAUGUGUACCCGAAUGACGAUUCGGAACUUAUACGUUAUGACCUCCAACAUCAUCUGUGGUUGGUCACACUGGAAGGAGAGUUGGCAACGAGUCCUGGCAGAGAGACCGCAAAGCGAGUUCUGGAUCUUGGGACCGGAACUGGUAUCUGGGCGAUUGACUUUGCCGACGCAUAUCCAGGGUCCGAGGUCAUUGGUGUGGACCUGAGCGCGGUCCAGCCUGACCUAGUUCCCGCCAACUGCAGUUUCGAGAUAGAUGACCUCGAGCUUGACUGGCCCUGGGAGCAGCCUUUUGACUACAUUUUCAGUCGAUCCGCCGCUGGGAGUUGGUCACACUUUCGGGCCAUCAUUCAAAGAGCAUACGACCACUUGGAGCCCGGCGGCUAUUUCGAGGUUCAAGACCUCGAACUACCAUCAUUCUGUGACGACGGCUCCGUGCCGCCGGAUGCUGCCCUCUAUCGCUGGGAGCAUGCGCUUGUGGACGCCUCCAACGAGUUGGGUCGGCCUCUCAACUACGCCCGGGACUGUCUCGACGAUCUUCACGACGUGGGCUUUGUCGAAAUACAUCACCAACUUUACAAAUGGCCCUGCAACAACUGGCCUGAAGACCCAUACCUCAAAGAGGUUGGUCGAUGGAAUUGCGCGAAUCUGGACAUGGGCGUGGAGGCUUUCUCCCUGGGCCUCUUGACGAGGGUGAAGGGCUGGACGCGAGAUGCCGUCGAGGAGUUGUGUGCAGAGGUCAAGAGGGAGGUGAAGGAUACGAGACGGCAUACUUACUGGAGACAACACGUCAUUUAUGCUCGGAAACCUUGUAAGCCAUCAACGCAACAGUAGCACGAGACUUGAAUAGUAGAAUGUCAGGUGUAGAUCCAUGAAUUGCAACUCAUGCCCGCUCCUAGGAGGAACAACGGUAUCUCAAAUUAUAUCGGUUUGAAGUUCAAAUACUACAUAAUCGAGCCGCCGAGCGUUAUCAAGCUCCAACCAAGUAUACCAUUACAUACUUAUCAUCUGUGUCGCAGAGAUGACAUAUUGUCCUGUUCUUGCCGAGCUAUCAU